AUGCAACAGGAUGAAGCAGAGAGAGUGAAGACCACGGUAGUGAAACCGAUUGUUUUUGGGAAUAUCUCCCGAUACCUGGGUAAGAAACGUGAAGUUGAUGGUCGCACUCACUUGUGGACGGCCUUCCUUCGUCCCCUCGAUCCACGAGAGGAUAUGUCGGUUUACAUUCGACGUGUCCAAUUCAAACUACAUGACAGCUACCCCAAUCCCAUCCGUAUCUUCCACAGACCUCCAUAUGAGGUUACUGAGACCGGUUGGGGAGAGUUUGACAUCGUUAUCAAGGUCACAUUUGUCGAUCAAAAUGUAAAACCACUUGUUAUCACCCAUUUACUAAAAUUGUUCCAUUGCGAUCACGAUAUCAUGAUGGGCCAAAAGAGUCUUGUCAGGGAGAUCUACGACGAGAUGAUCUUUGUUGAUCCACCGCCCACUUUUUACCGGACUCUGGUCAGCCCACCUCGAGGUGAUUCCAGCAGGCUCCCUCCCUUCAACCACGAAACCGACUUCAAUGAAGCUAAACAACAGGCACUGGCACGCAUUGAGGACUUGAAUAAAAAAGUUACAGACGCCAUCACCGCAUAUCGAGAACAGUUGAUCCUUAAAAAGGAUAUUGUUGAAGAAGCCAAGAUUCUGGCUGACGAGAUAGAGGCAUCCUCUAUGGGCUCUCUCAAUUGA